CAGCCUCUGGGCCACCAGGCCACCCCCGGAGGCGGGGCUUGGCAGCACCCACGUGUGUCGGAGUUAAAUGCUCAGAGCCGACACCAGCGCUUGAGCAGAGAGAAGCAGCACUAUGGCCGGCAAGAAAGUCUGCAUUGUCGGCUCGGGUAACUGGGGCUCAGCCAUUGCCAAGAUCGUGGGUGGCAACGCAGCCCAGCAGGCACGCUUUGACCCGCGGGUGACUAUGUGGGUGUUUGAGGAAGACAUCGGCGGCAGAAAGCUGACAGAGAUCAUCAAUACACAGCAUGAGAAUGUUAAAUACCUGCCUGGACACAAGCUGCCCCCCAAUGUGGUGGCUGUCCCAGAUGUGGUCCAGGCUGCAGCUGAUGCUGACAUCCUGAUCUUUGUGGUGCCCCAUCAGUUCAUCGGCAAGAUCUGUGACCAGCUCAAGGGCCACCUAAAGGCCAGCACCAUUGGCAUGUCUCUAAUUAAGGGGGUAGACGAGGGCCCCAAUGGGCUGAAGCUCAUCUCUGAAGUGAUUGGGGAGCGCCUUGGUAUCCCCAUGAGUGUGCUGAUGGGGGCCAACAUUGCCAGCGAGGUGGCUGACGAGAAGUUCUGUGAGACCACUAUUGGCUGCAAGGACCUGGCCCAAGGACAACUUUUGAAAGAGCUGAUGCAGACCCCCAAUUUUCGUAUCACAGUGGUGCAAGAGGUGGACACGGUAGAAAUCUGUGGGGCCUUAAAGAAUAUAGUGGCUGUAGGAGCCGGUUUCUGCGAUGGGCUAGGUUUUGGCGACAACACCAAGGCGGCGGUGAUCCGGCUGGGCCUCAUGGAGAUGAUUGCCUUCUCUAAGCUCUUCUGCAGUGGCCCUGUGUCCUCUGCCACCUUCUUGGAGAGCUGUGGCGUGGCCGACCUCAUUACUACCUGCUAUGGAGGGCGGAACCGCAAGGUGGCUGAGGCCUUUGUUCGGACUGGGAAGUCCAUUGAGCAACUGGAGAAAGAGAUGCUGAAUGGGCAGAAGCUGCAGGGGCCCCAGACAGCCCGUGAACUGCACAACAUCCUCCAGCACAAGGGCCUGGUGGACAAGUUCCCCCUGUUCACGGCUGUGUACAAGGUGUGCUAUGAGGGCCAGCCAGUGGGUGAAUUCAUUCGCUGCCUGCAGAAUCAUCCAGAACACAUGUGAGCGGAGCCAGGACCCAGGGAGGCAGCGCCUCUCUCCCAGCAGAGCUGAGCAGGAAGUUUGUGACCUGGUCACCAAGACUCUCCAGGACGCCCUGUGGAGCAGUCUUUUCAUUGAAGGCUACCAUGGGCACAUGGCUGGGAGGCUGCACACCUGGGCAAUGAGCUGUGGGGAAGCCUGCAGCCCCUUCUAGAAAUGGAGCUUCCCUCUCCAGAUGUGAAACUCUUACUGUCCUCUGUGAAGCAUAGAAUUAAGCCUCAGUGCUGCCUACUUAUCUAGGGGUGGGUGGAAAGAAGGGAGAGUGCCAGAGCCGGGGGACUCAUUGCUGCCUCACAGAAACAAGGAAUCUGUCCCCAGGCCCAACUAAGUGACAGAAGAAGUACCUUAGCUGUAGGAAGGGUAAAGCAAGAGCUGCCAGGAAAGGCUCUGGGCAUUGUGGCAGACAAUGGCCCCAGAGACCCCUUGGUUGACCUGUGCCAGGCCCCACACAGCAUCAAUGGUCUGAGUGUUUGUUAACAAAAUACAGAGAUCUCAAACAACUCUCUUCUGACUUCUCCUAGCAACAAUUGCGUCCUCAGAAACCUCUGGUCAUCCUCUUUCCUCCUCCCCACCAGGCUGCCCUGGCACAAGGGUUGCUUCAUAUUGGCAUCUCUGGCCCUAGGGCUUGCCAUUCUCCUUAGAGACUUCCUGGUUCCCAGAUCUUUGCCAGCUCCUCCCCACCCUUUGUGACCUUUCCAAGCUUUUCCUCUGCCAGCCAGCACCCUCUUUGGGGACAGGAACUGCUGACCUGGCUCUGCCUUUUCAUAGCAGGCUCAGAUCACUAGGUUAGCUUGUGACCUUUGCAUGUGCCCCGCCUCCCUAGUUGGAGGAGGUGUCAGCAGGGGGGGACGAGGGGGGGGGGCCUUCCUGCUGUUUAUCUCUCCAGAGGACAUCCCUUAACUCUACACUCGCCAGCAGGUACAUCUUUCUCAGCUGCCCUUGAGCAGCUAAGAGAGCAAACCAGCAUCUGACAUCAGCACGGCCGGAGUUAGAGAGUGGCCUAAAGGCUGAGCAGGGUCCCAUGCUGGAAGGUCCUGAUAUUCUAAGGCAGUUCUCCUUCAUGGAAUGGGCACCUCCACCUGAGAGGCUGACUAUAUCAGCGCUUCAGGAGCCGGGAAACUGGAGAAAGAGGAAGAAGAUAAAGGCUGCCGCGCCCCAGAGCUGAGGAAAGAAGAGGAGAGAUAGGAGUGUGCUUUGCACAGGCUUUGCUCCAGGAUUGGGUGGCAGUAGGGGAAUGUCCCAGGUCAGCAGCCUGGGUUCCUAGCUAUAAAUAGCCACUGAGGGCUGAGAGGCUCCUGCAUCCAGCAGGAGUCUCCUUUUCCUAUGUGGCAGCACCUGGCACAUUAUGGCUCUGGCCAGCAUUAUGUUAACCCUCCCUUACUCCCCUAACAAGCCAGGGUCAGGCUCCUCUUAGCUUCUAGUCCCUGAGAUUUCAGUCUUCCUAGUGAAGCUCGUAGGUGCCUGAUUAGGCAGAGAGGGAGGAGCACUGUCAUCCAGGCCUCAAAGGCCCCUGUUUGGGGUCAUCCCAGGAAGAUGGGAUGGGGUACGCAGAGACAAGCUUCCAAUACCUUUGUCCACUUCUGUUCUAUCGACAGUCACCUGUGAAUCUGAGGCCUUGAGUAGGGCCAGUUGUCAUCCAAUAAAGCAUGUUUCUUUCCAAA